ACGAUGCCCUCUUAAUAACACACACAGAUCACUUUAUUUUGUUAAUGUCUCUCCCCACCAAACGCUCAGCCACAGCCACCACUAGCACCGCCGGUACUUCCACCUCUAAUACUUACCCUCCAAUGAAGAAGGCCAAGUGUCAGGCCGCCUCUGCCUGCUCACCUCUCGACUACAACAAAAACGGCCUCCAUCACUCCGAUGACGUCGUCUUCGAUCCUUCCUCCAUGUCUCUCGACGACGAUCCCAAGCUCGUCGACUACCGCCCUCCUCCCGCCGCCGCUAAUUUGUCUCGCAAAAAAGCUACUCUUCCACAGCCCGCUAAGAAGCUCGUCAUCAAGCUCGUCAAGGCUAAACCAACUCUGCCCACAAAUUUUGAGGAGGAUACAUGGGCAAAGCUGCAGUCAGCUAUUAAGGCUAUAUUCUUGAAACAACCAGCUCUUUGUGACUUAGAGAAGCUUUAUCAGGCUGUCAAUGAUCUGUGCCUGCAUAAGAUGGGGGGGAAUCUUUAUCUACGAAUUGAAAAGGAGUGUGAAGCACAUAUAUCUGCAGCUUUACAAUCCUUAGUUGGUCAAAGCCCAGAUUUGGAGGUUUUCUUAAAACUUGUUGCAACGUGCUGGAAGGAUCUCUGUGACCAGAUGUUGAUGAUCCGUGGCAUAGCCUUGUAUCUGGACAGAACAUAUGUGAAACAAACCCCAAAUGUGCGUUCAUUGUGGGACAUGGGCUUGCAGCUUUUCCGCAAACAUCUUUCUUUGUCUCCUGAAGUUGAGCACAAAACUGUCACUGGCAUCUUGCGAAUGAUUGAGAGGGAAAGAUUAGGUGAAUCAGCUGAUAGAUCUCUCCUUGACCAUCUCUUGAAGAUGUUCACUUCACUAGGAAUUUAUGCAGAAAGUUUUGAAAGACCUUUCCUUGAGUGCACAUCUGAAUUCUAUGCUGCUGAAGGCAUGAAAUACAUGCAGCAAUCGGAUGUUCCAGAUUACUUGAAGCACGUGGAGUCAAGAUUGAAUGAAGAACAAGAUCGAUGUAAUAUUUACAUUGAUGCAAGCACUAAAAAGCCACUAAUAGCAACUGCAGAAACGCAGCUACUUGAACGCCAUAUAUCCGCGAUUCUUGAUAAGGGGUUCAUGAUGCUGAUGGAUGGACAUCGGAUUAAGGACCUUCAGACAAUGUACUCAUUGUUUUUAAGGGUCAAUGCCCUUGAGUCAUUAAGGCAGGCCCUUAGCAUGUACAUCAGAAGAACCGGGCAGGGCAUUGUCAUGGAUGAAGAGAAGGACAAAGAUAUGGUUUCCUCCCUGUUAGAAUUUAAGGCUUCUCUUGACUCAAUAUGGGAAGAAAGCUUCUCCAAGAAUGAAGGAUUCUGCAUCACCAUAAAGGAUGCAUUUGAGCAUCUAAUUAAUCUUCGCCAGAACCGUCCUGCUGAGCUGAUUGCAAAGUUUUUGGACGAGAAGCUUCGUGCUGGGAAUAAGGGUACAUCCGAGGAAGAGUUGGAGGGUACACUUGAUAAAGUUUUGGUUUUAUUCAGGUUUAUUCAGGGUAAGGAUGUCUUUGAAGCAUUUUAUAAGAAGGAUCUUGCAAAAAGACUGCUGUUGGGAAAAAGCGCUUCUAUUGAUGCAGAGAAAUCUAUGAUAUCUAAGCUGAAAACUGAAUGUGGUAGCCAGUUUACAAACAAGCUUGAAGGAAUGUUUAAGGAUAUUGAACUAUCAAAGGAGAUAAAUGAGUCCUUCCGACAAUCAUCUCAGGCCAGGACAAAACUUCCAUCAGGGAUUGAAAUGAGUGUACAUGUUUUAACCACUGGGUACUGGCCCACAUAUCCACCCAUGGAUGUUAGGCUUCCUCAUGAGCUGAAUGUUUAUCAGGAUAUAUUCAAAGAAUUCUACUUAAGCAAGUAUAGUGGAAGGCGCUUAAUGUGGCAAAACUCAUUGGGUCAUUGUGUAUUGAAAGCUGAGUUUCCAAAAGGUAAAAAGGAGCUGGCAGUUUCUCUAUUUCAGACUGUCGUUCUGAUGCUGUUUAAUGAUGCCCAAAAGCUUAGUUUUCAAGAUAUCAAAGACUCUACUGGCAUAGAAGACAAGGAGCUUAGAAGAACUUUGCAGUCUCUGGCAUGUGGAAAAGUUCGGGUUCUGCAAAAGCUGCCCAAAGGGAGGGAUGUGGAGGAGGAUGAUUCCUUUGUGUUCAAUGAAGGAUUUACAGCUCCACUCUAUCGAAUAAAGGUCAAUGCAAUCCAGAUGAAGGAAACUGUAGAAGAGAACACAAGCACCACUGAGAGAGUGUUUCAGGAUCGUCAAUACCAGGUCGAUGCUGCGAUUGUUCGGAUAAUGAAGACAAGGAAAGUGCUAAGUCACACGCUUCUUAUAACUGAACUAUUCCAGCAGCUGAAGUUUCCUAUAAAGCCGGCUGAUUUGAAGAAAAGGAUAGAAAGUCUUAUCGACAGGGAAUACCUGGAGCGAGACAAGAACAACCCUCAGAUAUACAAUUACUUGGCUUAACACACUGCCACACCAAUUGUGUCCUUGUAAAUGGCACGGGAAACUUCUGUCCCAUCCAAGAGGCAGGUGUUCCAUUGUGGUCAGAUUAAUGUACAGUAUGUAGUUGUUUAUUUUUGCUGCAAUCAACACUGUAGUUGUAAAGCGUAUUCUGCCUCAGUCCAUUACUUUCUCUGCUGUUAUAUGUUCUCUGAGUCGCCUGAGGUAAAGGGGGGAAUUUGAUUCAAAAGAAAAGGGGAAAUUAAGCUCCGCUCCCAGGAGUGGCUUAUGCGAGAGACAGGAGAGGUGAGAAAAGCAAACUGGCAUUUUCACCAGCCAUAAUAAGAAUGAUGGAGCUUUAAUAGGACUGGGGAUGAUGCAUGUUUACUUACACCUCGAACUUUACAAUUCAUGUUCAAAUCGAGCUCAUAGUUUUAUUCUUAUUCAA